AUGACUGAAACGACCAGGCUGCAUAUCACACCGUUCACCCCGGAUAUCCUUCCGUCUGUGUUGCCAGCAUCUAUUCGCAACUUGGCAACAGAGGUCUCUUUUCACGAGAUUUCCACUUUCCCGGAGAAUAAUUACGGAUACGUAACUUUGCCAAAAAUGGAGGCGGAGAAGAUCAAAAAGAAGCUGAACGGCUCGAUGCUCAAGGGCAAGAAGUUCAAGGUCGAGGCGGCCCGCCCUCAAAAGCGACACCGAGAGGAAGAGGAAGUGGUGCUCGAAGCUCCCUCGAGCGCCAAGAAGAAGUCUAAGAAGUCUAAGAAGCAAGACCCCGAAGAUGGUGUAUUGGAUGGUUUCGAGCUCCCCACAGACCGGAAAGUGAGGAGAGGAUGGACCGAGUCCAGUGAUGCCAAGCAGGAACGACGCAAGUCCGAGAAGAAAGAAAAGAAAAACAAAGAAAAGAAACUCCAACCCAAGUCCAAGUACACCGACAAAUCCGAAUGUCUGUUUCGAGCAACAAUCCCACCCAACAGAGCAUCCGACGCCGCAUCCGAUGACAAGAAAGCAAAGAAGAAGUCCCCAAAGGAUAACGUGGUUCACGAGUUCGCGAAAACGGUAACUCAACCAAGCUUCCUGCGCACCGCGGAGGAAAGCGCAGCACCUACCGUCACUUUUGAAGAUGGAAAAGGAUGGGUUGAUUCUACCGGGAAUCUGAAAGAACCUGCCAAUGAGAAGAUCUCGAAGGAUAAUUAUCGGCCUGGCCAGAUCCCAGGAGCCAAGGAGAAGGCCCGGGCUGCGAACUCAGCUGCCAAAGACACCAAAAAGCGCGCACGCAAAGAAAAGAUCACAGAGGAAUCUUCGGAGUCUGAAGAUUAUACCUCCUCAAGCGGCUCGUCUUCGGAUGAGAGUAGCGAUGCGGAAAGUGAAUCGGAUGAAGCAAAUGUCGAUGAGAGUUCUAAAGCAUCUUCUGCAUCUUCUGACGCGGAUGACGAUGUGAAGUCCACAGUUCAAGAAGAAAUCGUCGAAUCGAAAAAAGCGAGCGGCAAUGAUAGUGAUAGCGAUGCCCUCGCUGAGACACCGAGCCAGCCCGACUCAGAUGAGAUGAUCACCGAGAAUGCGCAAGAGAUGGAACAAGAUUCGUCUGCCAAGGAGGUCCAUCCCCUCGAAGCUCUUUUCAAACGGGCUGCCCCGACGGUAUCUGAUGACCAGACAGCACCAGAGCCAGAGACUGGAUUUAGUUUCUUCGGCAAUGACAUCGAAUCUGAGGAUGAGCUUCAUAUGGCUGAGCCGCAGACUCCAUUCACGCCAUUCACAAAAACCGACCUACAAAACCGAGGCCAACGUAGUGCGGCCCCCACCCCCGACACCACUGCUGCCACCCGGCAUAUGACGUGGAAUGAGAGUGACGAAUCUGAUGAGGAUGUUUCAUUUGACAGCCCUGUCACCAAACCUCGUCUGGAAAACGGUGUGACCAACGAGGAAACCGAGUUUGCAAAAUGGUUUUGGGAGAAUCGCGGCGAGAACAAUCGUGCCUGGAAGAAGAGGCGACGCGAUGCUGCUAAGGAGCAGAGACAGAGAGACAACCGGAAGAAGGGGCUUAAGGGGAAAUCAUGA